UGUCGGUGGGCGUGACCGGCUGCUCAGGAUAGACCUGGCAGUUGCUGGGGCAGUUACCCACAGAGCUACCUGGGGGCAGGUGGGGCAGGAUGCAGCACACCAAGAGGACAGUCCGCCUGGACCGGGGGCAGAGGCUGCAGGCAGUGUGUGUGCUGGGCACCUGCCUCUCCGUGGACGUCAAUGGGUGAGCUGGAAACUGCCCCAGGGGGGGGUAAUUAACCUAACUGCCCCCAGGGAGGGGUAAUUAGCCUAACUGCCCCCCAGGGAGGGGUAAUUAACCUAACUGCCCCCAGGGAGGGGUAAUUAGCCUAACUGCCCCCCAGGGAGGGGUAAUUAACCUAACUGCCCACAGGGAGGGGUAAUUAGCCUAACUGCCCCCCAGGGAGGGGUAAUUAACCUAACUGCCCACAGGGAGGGGUAAUUAGCCUAACUGCUGGUAAACUGCCCCAGGGAGGGGUACUUAGCCUAACUGCUGGUAAACUGCCCCCAGGGAGGGGUAAUUAACCUAACUGCUGGGGAAACUGCCCCCAGGGAGGGGUAAUUAGCCUAACUGCUGGGGAAACUGCCCCCAGGGAGGGGUAAUUAGCCUAACUGCUGGGGAAACUGCCCCCAGGGAGGGGUAAUUAGCCUAACUGCUGGGGAAACUGCCCCAGGGAGGGGUACUUAACCUAACUGCUGGGGAAACUGCCCCAGGGAGGGGUACUUAGCCUAUCUGCUGGGAAACCUGCCCCAGGGAGGGGUAAUUAGCCUAACUGCGCUGGGGAAACUGCACUAGGGAGGGGUAAUUAGCCUAACUCUGCCGGGGAAACUGCACUAGGGAGGGGUAAUUAGCCUAACUCUGCCGGGGGAACUGCACUAGGGAGGGGUAAUUAGCCUAUAUUAAGCAGAUACUUGUCUGACCCUGCUGUUAAAUCUGCCCCAGACAGAGUUUAUUCGCCUGACUCGGCUAGAAAAAUUGCCCCAGAGAGCAAUAAAUAGCCUGAUUCUGCUGGAAAAUUGCCCCAGAGGGGGAGUAACUAUCCUGACUGUACUGGGAAACCUAUCUAGAGGGGUAAUUAGAGCAAAUUGUUCCAUGCGGGGGGAUUGAAUCCAUUGGGAGGUUUUUCAUGUCUGACCGAGCUGGAGAUAUAAUUAACUUCUCUCCUGUACUAAUGAAAACCCCCCAAGUUAUGCAGGGAUCCCCCCCAUACCCUGUGUGUGUACCCUGCUAUAUAACCCCUGGGUGCAAGGUGCAGCCUUAUCAUAGAAGUUGUACAUGGUGUUUAGAGCAGGGAUUGUUUAAUAGGGUUUUCUCUUGGUUGGUUGGUGAAUGGCUUUAUGAGGGUUAAUGUGAAUUAUGUCUCAGAAUAUCAGAUAUUAGCCAGCAGUCUCUUACUAAUCAUGUACAGAAAUCAUGAGGUUCACAGAUUUUUAGAACUCUCUGCUGAAAAAAUUACUUUUCAUUACUUUUACACAUUCCACCAAAAUGCUAAUGGAAUGGGUCCUUGGUGCCCAGGGGAUUUAACCUUUAAACAUUGAAUUGUGGUGAAUAAAAAAAACAAAUUUCUAAAUUUAGACUAAAAUAGCCGAGAAUUGAUUUGUAGAUUUACUUUAUCCAAAUCUGUUGUAUUUGGCUAAGUUUUGAAAAUUGUAUUUCAGUUCACUGCGAUUGUGUAAUUAAAAUUCUCUGGGUUUUGACGUGAUGGCCUGCACAGUAAACCGAUAUGGGAAUUAUUUCACUAAACAUUAUUACAGCCAUAAACAUGUAAACUGCCCAUUUUUGGCAGCAGGAUUCCACCCUGGUAAAUACAACAUUAGUAGUAGGUCAGCAGUCACUACCUGUGGUGAAAUCACCAAAUGGCAAUCAAUAGGCCGCAGUAGUCAGGUUCCUCCAAAAUUAGCAUGUUGAGGGCAAUGCUAUUAAAGUUUAAUAAAGUGAACUGGUUCUAUGGGAGUCCAGACAAACUGCUCUGGGUCAUGUUGGAUACUGUAUUUUUCCACUAGGUUUAUUCACUAAAUGGGGAACUAUGGAGAAAUGAAAGUGGAACUGAAAUGUAUACUAUAAAUAUUCUGCACGGUUACUGUUCCAGUUUGAAUAUUUUUCACUUCUUUCAAUUCCCUCAUCAAUCCUCUGCUGCUACAUACUAACAUAGCUGAAAAGAGACUUGCAUCCAUCAAGUUCAGCCUUCCUCACUUUUGUUUUUUUGCGGUUGAUCCAAAAGAAGGCAAAAAAAAAUCCCAGUUUGAAGCACUUCCAAUUUUGCAACAAACUAGGAAAAAAAUUCCUUCUUGACCCCAGAAUGGCAGUCAGAUUUAUCCUUGGAUCAAGUAGUUAUUACCCUACAUUGAAAGAUUAUAUCUCUGAAUAUUCUGUUUUUGCAAGUAUGCAUCUAGUAGCUGUUCACAAUUUAGUGAAUAAAGACUUUUUCUUUUCUUCUGUUUGUAUUAAGCGUGUAAAUGACUAUCUUUUAACAUACCGGCACACUAGUCUCUAUUGCCGCCCCAGACUGAUCAGUAGGUCGGUAUGUGAGCUGGUAUGGUGAGGUCAUUACACGGUGGCGUUUUGGGAAUGAAUGUGUGCUGCACACAGCAUAUCCCAGCUGCUAAUUAGUGUGAUUAGUGGAGUGUCUACUUACACUGAGGGCGACAUAUUUUUUGGGGGGAGGCAGAAUGUUUAGUGAGACCGUAAUAUAUCUUAUUGUUCUUUAGUCCCUUUACCCAGUCAGGGUUUAAUCACUCACCAGAGUGACUGUUUAAACCACUCUGUUUGUGUACCUCAUCCUUUUACAAAAAGUAUCAUAUGAGCUUCGUCUGACAGUCCAUCUCCCUUUCCUUAAUUCCCCUGAGCCCCUUGUCACAGCUCAGGCAUCAUCCACUCGUUUUGUUUUUCUAUUGGCUUUGAUAUCUGGGUUACUUCAUUUUCGGGGAUUACCUGUCAUUGCUUCUGUCAUUUUAAGAGAUGGAUGUCUAUGUAAAAAGGAACAUGGUGUAUCCAUGUACUCUGUGCUAGCGUAAGACGAUGGGGGGUCGUACAAUUCAUCAAAUGUGUCGGCUCAGAUAAACCUUAAAUAUAAUAUUUUUAAACCAUUUUAUCUGCUUCCCAGCAACCUGACAGUGGUAAUGUGAAAGGCAAACUAUUACUUAGAAAUUUAAUAAUAUAUUUAAAAUAAAAGCAUUCAUAUAGAUGAGUAGAGAUUGUAGCCGUGUUAGUCCAGUGAAAUGCUUUAGACUGGAGAUAGGGAGGAUCUCCUGAAAGGUUGUCAUUACAAAAUUCUGCUAGUCCAAUAAAAAGGUAUUACAAGAUAUCCGUUUCAUCUGUUAUUUUAACUUAAAAGAUGUGGUUAUCCAAAUUAACUCUUCGUCCUCAUUCUACAGGGAGUUCCAAAAAGUAUGAAACUGCUUUGUGCACAGACAUUUGUCUUACGUGGCUCAAUUGGCAUCCCACUAAUCAUAGCAUGCUUCUGUGCCGACGUCAUACAGACAGCCAAGUGUGUAAUCUGGUGGCAUAGGAGUAAAGCCCCGGAAAUCAUAAUGUAUAGUUCAAUAGAUGCCAUUUUAUUCAUUUCACUAACACAGUGUAUCGUCAUCUGACACAAUACAGUCUGAAGAUUAUCUGUCAAUGGUAGGGGUUUGCCCAUCAUGUAUCCCAAUGUAAUGGCAUCAUUUCAGUGCAGGAAUGGGAUGUCUACAAGAUAACCUAUAUAUAACGUUUGUGUAACUGAAAUCCUGCCCCCUGUAUUGCACCAGCUUAGUGUUUGCUAGCUAUCUUUAAAGCCUGGUGUAGUAUUUCAGUGUUUAUGGUGUAUGGAAAGGUCACAAACUAUCUGAUCUGCAAUGCAUUUUUUUUUUUUAUUAGCACUCUAGAAUUGUUUGAAGAUCUGGGUGGGGUUUCCCAUAAAAAUUUUAUUGUGAGAGUGCUGCUCAGGUGUGUGUGUGCGUGUGUUAUAGGAGGUGUGGGGAGCUGCAGUGAGUGUGCUGCUCAGGUAGUGUGUGUUAUAGGAGGUGUGAGGAGCUACAGUGAGCGUGCUGCUCAGGUAGUGUGAGUUAUAGGAGGUGUGAGGAGCUGCAGUGAGUGCUGCUCAGGUAGUGUGUGUUAUAGGAGGUGUGGGGAGCUGCAGUGAGUGUGCUGCUCAGGUAGUGUGUGUUAUAGGAGGUGUGGGGAGCUGCAGUGAGCGUGCUGCUCAGGUAGUGUGGGUUAUAGGAGGUGUGAGGAGCUGCAGUGAGUGCUGCUCAGGUAGUGUGGGUCAUAGGUGGUGUGGGGAGCUGCAGUGAGUGUGCUGCUCAGGUAGUGUGUGUUAUAGGAGGUGUGGGGAGCUGCAGUGAGAGUGCUGCUCAGGUAGUGUGUGUUAUAGGAUGUGUGGGGAGCUGCAGUGAGCGUGCUGCUCAGGUAGUGUGUGUGUGUGUGUUAUAGAAUGUGGGGAGCUGCAGUGAGUGUGCUGCUCAGGUAGUGUGUUAUAGGAGGUGUGGGGAGCUGCAGUGAGUGUGCUGCUCAGGUAGUGUGUGUGUGUUAUAGAAUGUGUGGGGAGCUGCAGUGAGUGCUGCUCAGGUAGUGUGUGUUAUAGGAGGUGUGGGAGCUGCAGUGAGUGCUGCUCAGGUAGUGUGUGUUAUAGGAGGUGUGGGGAACUGCAGUGAGUGUGCUGCUCAGGUAGUGUUAUAGGAGGUGUGGGGAGCUACAGUGAGCGUGCUGCCCAGGUAGUGUGCGUUAUAGGAGGUGAGGCAAGCUGCAGUGAGAGUGCUGCUCGGGUCAUGUGGGAUAUAAGAGGUGUGGGGAGUUGCAGUGAGCGUGCUGCUCAGGUAGUGUGAGUUAUAUUUUAGAGCAUAGUUUAUUAAAUGGAAAAGUGACUGUUCUGUCUGAACUUGGUGGGUUUAGAUUAUCCUGACGUUCUGCUUUAUUCGUUUGCAAAUGAGUGCAGCAUUUAGGUCUGUGCCAGCUGGUACAUAGACCUUACUGGCCAGAGGAAGAAGCGCACACCUGCCAGGAAAAGGCUGGAUGUAGACUCCCACAUACAGAGUGCUGAGUUUACUAAUAUGAAUUAUGGUGGAGAUGCAUUUACUACUUCCUCCUUGUCUGAUGGACGUUGGCAUUUGUUGUACAUGUAAUGAAAGGUUUUCUGUCAGGCCCAGCAGACAUUUGACUCUAUGAUAAAGCACUGUGUUAGCACAAACUGUUUACACAUAAUUCGCCAUGUAGCCACUAUUGGGAAGGCAGGUAAAUGAACCCAUAGUGUGACUCGCAGUACAAUAAAUAAAUAAAUGUUCCGUUAUUGUAUUCUAGUUCUUGCAAUAUUGGCAUAAAACAUUUGAUGUAAAAUUAAGAAAAGAAGUGGAAUAUGAUGGUGCAGUUUGCUAGAUGUUGGAUCUGCCUUUUUGCAGUUGCCCAGGGUAAACGUUCCAGCGCUCUUCUCUAGAAUGGAAUAUGCAAAACCUCAAAGGGAACCGAAACGCAUUCCAUAGAACCGCUUCCAGGGGGCAAUUCAUAUCUUUAGUGUGGGGAGGGGGGAUGUUGGGGGACGGGGGGGGGGGUACCUGCCCUACUGUUGACGGGUAUCCAGAUUGGGCUUGAUAUUGCACCCCAUGCACGGACUAUGUGCUGUCUAUAUUCAGGUGUUAUGCUUGGCCUUUGUGAAAGGAAUCCAUUGCUUUGUAAAAUCUCCCGAAUUGUUGUAUGAACAUAAUUAUUCAUAAUAAAAUGUAAAUAUAAAGUCUGCAUCUAGCAGUGUGUGUGUGUGUAUAAUUUCAUAUUAUUAUUAUUAUUAUUUAUUAUUAUACACAGGCACACGUUUCCUGCUGUCUGCAAUUCAGCUACAAUGUAUCCAUUAUCUAUGCUGUAAAGUGCUUUGUUUUUCUUUUUUUAAACUUUGUAAAUGCUCCGAGAACAGUGUAUUUACUGGAACCAGGACUCAAAGGAAAACAAUAUGCUCCUAAUGUACCUCUGUUCAUAGUUCAAUACAGGACUCUCCCAUCACGCCCAGGUUGCUAUAAAAAACAAAUAAAAGACUUUUCUGUGUGAAUUUGGGCCCAUAAGGAAGUAUUCAAAAUGGUGAAAACAUAAGGGCGUGUACAAUAUUUAUUUAUUUUUAUUUGACACUUCCUUAUUUAUUUUUUAAGAAAACGCUUUUAUAAACUGUGCAAACAAGUCAUUUUUAAAAAAAUAUACAAAUUGUGUUUUGGGGAUUCACACGUUAACUCUUUGGGAGGAUGGAGAAAGAACUUUGUGCUUUGUUUGCUAAACAGUGAAUUCUGGUCAUUUUGAAAAUAAGCGUUAAACAUGUUCGGCCAAUCUAAGCAAACGGUAUAAACUGUUUAAUCCAAGAAACAUUUUCAGAUAUUCACGGUUUAGCAAGUGACCUGUGAUUAGUGAACGAGUUAAAUAUCUCUCUGCUUCUGAUGGUUUGUUUAUGGGCCAGUCUGGAUGCUGCAGAGCUUGGCAUGGGAUGUUGUGCCCUGAGUGUGCAGCUGUGCCCCAGUAAUCUCUGUGAAGAGCGAUGUCUAUCACCAUGUGAGUGUUAUAUAUAUUAGAAGAUACCAGAGUGCUGAGGGAUAGAUUUGAAUAACCUUCUAAGGAUUUGUAAAGCUUAAUACUAAGUGCGUUCUUUAGAUACGGACGAGUAGUCAGUUUUUUUUGCUUAAUUUCCAACUAGUUUGUUCCCGUCCCCAUCCCAGCCAUUCAUCUUUCUUUAGGCUGAGUGCAUUUCUGGUUUACUUGCUAAACAUGUUAAAACAAACCAUAUUUAAAUGAACGGACUAUUUUUGACUUUAUUAUUUCACAGUCUUGAUUCAAGGAAGAGUACGGUGCAAUAUAUGGAAAUCCUUAAUUAAAGCAUUAAUUAUAUCUAAAAGGUAUUCACUUUUUAUUACAUUUCGUGUGACCUGCUAUUGCUCUGCUUGUUUAAUUCUAUUUUGUUCUUUCACAACUCAUGGGUCUUUACUUUAGAAUUGGACACUAGCAGGGUUGUUUUUCACGAUCUAAAAGGAGAAUUCGAAGUGAAUUUCAAAUUUAAAGUCAAAACAGCUGAACUGUAAUAAUUCUCUGAAUCACAAUGCUUUCAGUUGGCUACUGGAGCCUUUAACCCCUUAAUGACCGCUGACGGUUCAGGACUGUCAUCGGAAAUAUCCCCUUGAGGCGGAACCGUCAUAACGGUAAUAUUUACUUACCUUACUCGGUGUUUCUCCCAGUAUGGGGGGGACUGCCUGACAGCCCAGACAGUCGUCCCCGUCCCCCCCUUGGCGAAUUAGGCCCCCAUGGCCAGGUGUCCGCAAUAGGCGUCCAAGUAUCUGCCUGCAGGGGGACUGCCUGUGCUGACAGGCAGUCUCCCUGCAUGUGUAAAAUAAAAAAUAGUUGAUGAAUAAAAAUAUUACGUGUGUGUGUGUGUGUGUGUGUGUGUAUAUAUGUAUGUAUGUGUGUGUGUGUGUGUAUAUAUAUAUAUAUAUAUAUAUAUAUAUAUAUAUAUAUAUAUAUAUAUAUAUAUAUAUAUAUAUAUAUAUAAUUAGUGUGUAUAUAUUAAUUAUACACACAUAAAAACAUUCAGAAUUAAAUUACACACUAUAUAUAGUAUAGAUUAUGAAAUAUAUAAGUAAUAAAAUUUACACAAAUUACAUAAUUCGAACUGUAUUUUGAGAAUAUAGUUAUAUAAAAAUACACUGAGAAUGAAAUUAUAUAUAAAAUUACAUAAUUUCAUACAUAUACGCGUAGACUUCAAAUAUAUAAGUGUGUGUGUGUGUGUGUGUGUAAUAUAUAUUUAUGUAAUAUUUUUACAUAACUAAGUAAUUUUAUUGAUUGCAAUUUGAGGGACCUGAUUGACAACCCAGGCAGAAAGUCCAGAGAAUUUAAUUUCCUAGCACUAUAUUUAACCCUGUAACUUUAUAUGACACCUUAAAACCUGUACAUGGGGGUACUGUUUUACUCAGGAGACUUUGCUGAACAGAAAUAUUAGUGUUUCCAAACCGUAAAACAUAUCAGAGCGAUGAUAUUGUCAGUGACAGUGAUGGUUUUUGCAUUUUUCACACACAAAUGGCAGUUUCACUGAUGUAAUUGUGAUAAGGUUUAAAACUUUAAAACAAAUAUUUGUGUUCAGAAAAGUCUUCCAAGUAUAACAGUACCCCCAUAUACAGGUUUUAUAGUGGUUUUUAAAAGUUACAGGGUCAAAUAUUUUUACAUUGAAAAUUGCCAGGUUGGUUAUGUUGCCUUUGAGAGCCCAGGAAUGAGAAUUCCCCCCAUGAUGGCAUACCAUUUGCAAAAGACAACCAAGGUAUUGCAAAUGUGUUAUUUUCAGUCUCUUUUAGUAGCCACUUAGUCACAAACACUGGCCAAAGUUAGCAUUCAUAAUUGUUUUUAACACACAAAUAUAAAUGCUUACUUUGGCCAGUGUUUGUGACUAAGUGGCAAAGAAAAAAGAAUGGAUAUAUCCUAUAUUGAAUACCCUGGGUUGUCUACUUUAAACAAUAUAUGUACAUAUGAUGCGUGAUUCAGAGAUUUGACAGUGUUACAAUGUCACUAUUGAUACAUUUUAAAAUAUAUAUUUUGAAACCACAAUUUCCUAUUUGUACUUAUAGCCCUAUAACUAAAAGCAGGUAAACACUGUUUCUAAACUCAGGAGACAAUUUUGAAUCUAUUUUAGCUUUUUUUUUUUUUUUUCACAUUAGCUUUUGUAGAUAAGUAAAAGAUUUUUCAAUUAAGUCACAUUCCCCCCCCACACACACUUUUUCACCAUAUUUUUUUUAUUUAUUUUUUUAAGUAAAUUAUAUGACAUGAUACACAUUGUAUGUAAAAAAAGCCUGUCUUGUCUUGAAAAAAACAAUAUAUAAUUUGUAUGGGAACAGUAAAUGAGAGAGCGGAAAAUUACAGCUAAAUACACACCACAAAAGUGUUAAAACAGCUCUGGUCCUUAACGUACCACAUGGCCAAAACAGUCCAGUCCUGAAGGGGUUAAAGGGACACUAUAGUCUGUCCCUUCAGGCAUGUUGCUGUAAACACUGUUUUUUCAAAGAAAAGGCGGUGUUUACCUUACAACCUAGGGAUGUCUGCUAGAGGUGAAUCCUGAGGAAGUGCUGCCUAGUGAGCGGUACGAACAUUCAGUGUCUCCACCCUCUGCAUGCAGACACUGAACUUUCCUCAUAGAGAUGCAUUGAUUCAAUACAUUUCUAUGAGGCGAUGCGGAUUGGCCAGGGCAGCAUUUAGCUCCGCCCCUGUCCUGCCUUUUUGGCGGAAAUAAUCCGAAUUGACAAUCUUGGCCAAUCCAAUGCUUUCCUAUGGAUUAGCUAAGGAGGCAGAUCAGGGCAGAGCCAGCUUUGCAGACAGGAAUAAAGGUAAGAUUCUACUAUAUUUAGGAGGGGCCUGGGGGCUAGCAUGUUUGUAUUCCUGACCCUAUAGUGUUCCUUUAAAUCUGAAAUUCACUUAGACUUCUCACUGUAGUAAAUAACCCAUAAUCUCUCAAACCAGAAGUUAGAGAUUUGUACUACACAGAUAUGGGCGUAGCUGGAUGUAUACUACCCAACAUAUGAAAAGAAGACACUGAUGUAGUUGAGAUCAGUGAAUCACAAUCUUGUCCCAUUUAUAGCUAAAUCCCCCCCUCUUAUAAUAUUGUAAAGUGCUACGGAAUCUGUUGGCGCUAUAUAUUAAUGGCAAUAGCAAUAAUAAUCACAAGCUCCUGGAUAUAUUACUCAUUGUAUUUAAUACUUCUGGAUUUACAGGUUUGUCAGCUGUUGGCAAUUAACAAAAGCAAUUGAAAUAGCCUAACACAAUCAAUGCUUAAAGUUGUUUCCCCAAAUUCAACUAAAAAUGCAAUGUUUAAUGUCUUUUCCAGUCUCAAAAAACUGUUCAACCCCUUCAUGGUGAGCAUCGUUCAUACUUUAGAGCUCCCUUUUGCUAUUAUGUCCUGCUGCAUGGGGUUGAAUAAUUCUGAUUACAACUGUAUUUCAUUUAGUAGAAUGCAUCUAUGAGUUAAAGGGAUAUUAUAGGCACCAAAAAACUUUAGCUUAAUAAAGCAGUUUUGGUGUGUAGAUCAUGUCACUGCAGCCUCACUGCUCCAUUCUUGACGGACUUCUGAUUUUGUUUAUCCUGACCUCUGUUACCCUUUGACUUUCGGCUAACCUUGUCGGUUCCUGCACAGCCCCCAUGCACAGAUUUACAGUCCUGGUGGCUUCUUACCUGGUCAUCUUGGACUGUGUAUCUGCAAGGGUGAGCAAACAUAUCUGCGCUACAUACUCCAACCUCAGGUAAGAUUCCUGACACUGCCUAAGGACCUCUCCAGUGGCUGUCACUGAAACAGCCACUAGAGAUGGUUCCUGGGUCAGUGCUGCACAAUGUUAAAACCCCUUCAGCCACUUACCUGCAUCGGCCCUGGGUCAAGCUCUGCCCACGCUCCUCCCCCGGCCGUGCACAUUAAACCUCCCCAUAGGAAAGAAUCAUUCAAUGCUUUCCUAUGGGGAUUCCGGAGACGCCGGAGGUCCUGAUGCAUAGCGUGAGGACUUCCAGUGUUGUUUAGACGACCAAAAGUCCGGUAGACCGCCACUAGAGGAUGACUUAACCCUGGAAGGUAAUUAUUGCAGUUUAUAAAAACUGUAAUAAUUACACUUGCAAGGUUAAGGGUAAUGGGAGUUGGCACCCAGAGCACUCCAAUGGGUAGAAGUGGUCUGGGUGCCUACAGUGUCCCUUUAACUCGUAAAUUGCAGAGAAUUGAGCUGUGAGAUUGCAGGGGCGUGACCUAUACACUAAAAUGGCUUCAUUAAGAUAUGCCUUUUGCCUUUAUAUUAUGUGUGUGGAUUUUGUUUCAGUAUGUACUUUGAACUUUAUGGACCGUAUAACCCACUCCUGACUGACUGUGAUCUUAUAAAAUUAUUUAUCUAAUUACUCAUUGAAGGGGUUAAUGAUUGCUUCAUUUAAUUAUGCUGAGCAAGCCUUCCUAGGAGGAGCUUACUGUUAUUCACAUCACUUGAAUUGCUUUGUACAUCAGGAACGUUAUGCUAUUUACAAAGCACUAACGUGCUCUGCAGGUCUGUACAGUGCAGAACCCCUUCCAUUGGAGAGUAACACACAUCUGUCUGACAUUGAAUGGGAUAGAGCUAACAUGACAUGUAGCCUUAGAUUGAGAGGAAUAACAGUUUGCGUUGCUCAAGACCUAUUGCAGUAUGAACACAGUAACUGAACUAAGCAGCUCUGGGAAUUGCAUCAUUCUGCGGUCGAGUUGGUUCCCCGUAUGAGAUCAUGCUGUUAUUGUGAUGUUUAAGGCUUGGUGAAUAUACUCCACACAUAAUCGAAUAAAUGAUCUAUUACAUUGGUACAACAGGUUAACGACUAUAGUCCACACUUCUAAAAACCUUAUACCAAGUGGCUUGUCCUGAUCCCGGCCUCCACUCUCUAACUUUGAUCUCUAAUGGUGGCAAAUGAUUAUCUGUAGAAAAUGUGAUAUUCUGUCAAUUCUAUUCUCCUCCUCACUUCACUCAUUGAAAGGUUGAUAUAUCUUCUUUUUGUGAGAGCUCUGGGUGCCCACACAAACAGGAUUAUUUGCCAAAUUGAGAACUGUCGGGAAUACAAAGUGAAUUUAAGGCCAAAAUAGCCAAGCUGGAAAAAUUCUCCAAGUCCGUUACUGUGCCAGUGAGAUACUUUUGGCUUUAAAUUCUCACUUUAGUGAAUAACCCUUCUUACAAUUGGGAGUAGCAAUACCCGUUUAUUGACAGAAUAUCCCACUUUCUACAGAUACAAACUACUUCUGUGGACCUCUGUAUAUAGCUGGGCACAUACAAAGACAUGAGUCUAACAUGUUGCUCAUCCUCUCGUGUCCAGACAUUCUGUAUGAUUUACAUCUUACACAACCCAAACUGCCACUAGAGACCGUCUUAGUCCUGCAAUGAUAAUUAACGCAAUUGCAGGAUUAAGGGGGAUAGGGACACUGCACCCGGACCAUUUGGAUAUAAUUUUUAAUUAGUGGGGUAAUGGCUUCUUCAUACAAAGAGAUAUCUGGCUGGGGUCAAGAUGGCAUUUUUUUCCUAGUUUGUUGCAAAAAUGGGAGCACUUUAAACUGUUUUGUGUUUUGUUUUUUUUGGCGUACUUUUGGAUUAACAGCAAGCUUGAGAAAGGCUGCACUUGAUGGACACGUGUCUUCAGCUAUGUAAUAAUUAUUGUCCAGUGUGGGAUUUGUACUAGUAACACUAUUUGGUUUGGUAUGCACUUGUUUUUGAUUGAAGAGGUAUUCCAGUUUACUUGACUGCACUCUAUUUAAACGCCAUAUUGCAUUUAUCGUCGAUGUUUGUAUUCCAUUUGUAUCUUGUGAAAGAAAUUCUCCAGGCACUCAAUAUUACUAUUAUUAAUUAUUUUUGUGUGUGGUCUUGACAAUGGUUAAAUGAGAGCCUUGACCGACCUUUCCCCUCCCUAUUGGGGUUGUACUGAGCACACAUUUAACUCUGGUUCUUGACCUGUGAAGGAAUGGGAUUGACAGUUUUAUAGCAUUUUGAUUUAUGAGGUUAGCCAUAUUUAGCUGUAGUUCAACAUGCAGGUUAUGUCCUGGACCAUGGGCAUGUGUGAACAGAAGCUGUCUGCCAUAUGCUAGGAAGUCUCUAUUAACUCCUUCAAUGUCAAACACAAAGUAGUAAAGGAAAAUGAUCUGCAUUAUAGGCCCCUUCAUUUUAAUACAUGGACAUUGGUGAAUAUCUCAUUUGAUUUUAAUUUAACGUCUGGUUUGCUUUGCUCUAUGAGGCCUGCCAUCUUCAGGGAGCUGUCAUUUUUCUGGAAAUUAUUCCCUUGAAAAAGACAGCCAAUAGAGGUGUAAACAUUGCAGUUUUUCUGAAUCUUAAAGUGUCAGGUGCUCUUCAACCAGACUACUUCAAUGAGAUGAAGUGGCCUGGGUGUGUAUUGUGUCCCUUUACUAACAUUACAAAUUUUAGGAAGUGACCGUUCCCUUUUUUUUUGCUUCUUUUUGUUUAAUAGCACCACCCGUCCAACCAAAAACCAUGCAAGUAGUGUGUGUAUUCACAAAUACUGAUAUCAUGGGCAAGGGUCUAGCAUCUCUGUAAAGCACUCAGGGAUAGUGAUGUCGCGAACCGUUCGUGGCGAGCUCCGGUCAGCUGACACAUCCUGGCCAAUCUCCAGCAGACCCUCCCUCCCAGACCCUCCCACCUCCUGGACAUCAUCCAUGUUGAAGGCAGCUUCAACAUGGAUGCUGUCCAGGAGGUGGGAGGGAGGGUCUGCUGGAGAUUGGCCGGGAUGUGUCAGCUGACCGGAGCUCGCCACGAAUGGUUCGUAACGAGCCGUUCGCGACAUCUCUACUCAGGGACAGUUUUAGACCUGGUCUUAGAAAAAAACAAUGCAUGGUUGUAUGUAGUUAGUUAUGUCUUCAAAUGGAGGCGUGCUGCCGAGGAAUCAUUCAGGUAUAUGGUGUGGAAGGCACUGCGGCAGCUCGAUGUGUGGAGCAGAGUCAUUAGACAUGCAUGUCGGGUGAGACGAAAUGUUGCAGAGUCUUCUGAAGAGCGGUUUGGGUGAAUUGUAUUGUAGAAGGCAAGCUGCAGAGUCUUCAUUAAGGAGGGUUAGCCGAAAAAUCAUGCAGGCUCUGGAGACAGACUGCAGAAUCAGUAGAGGGUUGGGUGAAGGGCAUUGUGGGAGUUAGAAGCAUGUUGCAGAGUCCUCAGACUGGUCGGUCAGGUGAAGGGCAAUGAGACCUUUUCUCUAGGUGAGGGAUGGUAAGUGUGUGUGUUUCUGUUUUUGAGUGACCAAUCCUCUGCAACCAUUUCCAUAACUUCUGCAGAAGUGUCAACUUCAACUUUGUAAGUGGGACUCUAUCUGCUUGUGUGCUUUUAAAGUGAUUGGUCGCAGCUGUAAAGGGUUACUUAGAGCGCUCAUGGCAAAUUUAAAACUAAACAUUUACUAAAGUUUUCAGAAGUGAUGGCUGGGCGGCAGGCAGAUAUUGAGUGCCACCAGUAGCACUAGUUUCAUAGGUUUACCAACACGGAUAUAGAGUUUUCUUUAAGGUAGUGUAAAACUAGUGUCCAGGUGGAACAUAGCAUUGCGAUGCUGCAUAUUCAGACAGGCACAAUAGAGAACUAUUUGUAAAGCAUGGGUUUAACAGUUUGAUUUAUGUUAUUCGUCCUUAAUCUUUUCUCCUGUGUAGGGGCGCACCAACAGAAUGCAAGUGGUUUAGCAUGCACCACUCGCCAAAUGUUGAGGCUGAAGUACUCAACAGUGAUCUAUCCAACCAGAAAGUCAUCAAUGGUGAGAAACUGUGGACCUUGUCCAGCAAAACAAUGGUGGAGCUUCGGAUGACUACACCCAGCACUGAGACCAAUGAUGGCAAGGUGAGCCGGCUGUCUACCAUAUUGUACCAACACUAAAGAUAGGCCAGAGGUGUUGUAUCAUUAAGUGCCACGUGAAGAGUUAUGGUGGGUAGUAGACUCUAGCCAGAGAGUUAUUAUAGAGUGCUGGGAUACUUUGAUAUAGGAUAUUACUAAUGACAUUGCAGGGCUCUCAGGGUUAUUUAUUAGUGUGGAUUGUUAACAUUUGUGCCAAAGUAGCCAAUAUUAAGAUACCUUGUAUCAAAUAAAUAUAUAUAUAAUCUCUCAAAGUAGCAUGACGUAUACAAGACAGAAUAAAAUCCAUUUUGUUUCCAGAUAGCUAAUCUGGGAAAUCUUCCUGCUCUUUUUUAUUGUCUUCCUUCGGCAUUAGCUAUAUUGUAUAGACUGGAAUUUUACGAGCAGUAACAUGAGACUUUUAUUUAUCUAUUUAAAAAAAAAAUAUUUAAAUUUAAUUUACAGGUCACGUUUGGCUACUAUGGGAAAGGAUCAGAUGUGCCAAUAGACAAAGCUGGAAUCUAUCUCACUGGAGUUGGUAAGUGACAACACAAGCAUCCUGUGAACUUGUGCACCUCUAGCUUACAACAAACCUGAUUUAAAUACCAUACAAGUCUAUUGUUGGCUCCAGGUAUACAGCAUCCUGUUUAAACAAAAGUAAAAUGCCAAGCCAUAUCUUCUGUCUGAUGUAACUGCUCGUGGGCAGGGCAGGAAUAGACCGUUUCCCACAGCUGUUCUUGGAGAACAGGCACAGCUGAGACUGGAAUGGGAUUCUCUAUCUUUCGGGGCUUGGAAACCUGAAACUCGACAUGUUCUCGCAGGCACUUAAUUUCUAAGAAAGAAUUCUCGUGGCAUUUAUUCCGUAAGCACCUAGUUUGGUGACACACGCACAGGAGAAAUGAGAUAUUAACUACUUCACUGAACAAAAAAAUGAACAUCCAAAUUUGUGGAGUGGAUUUUAUCCUUCAUAUAAAAUACCUUAAUUCUUCUCUAACGCUCAAUGUAUUGGUCUCGGAAGGAUUGUUGUCCCCUUUACAACAUAGUGUGGAAACUGGGAAAGUCCAAAAUACAACUCCAAAUUCAUAAAGUGUGGAGUAUCCGUUUUUAUACAUCAGAAAAUAGAGCAUGCACACAAAACCAGUGCGUACAUAAAAAUAAAAGUUGUAUCCAUUUCUUACCUGUAUUGAGAUAUGUAUGGUUGGUUUCUAGUAGAGCUACUGGUUCUGUUAUAAAUCACAGCUAUAAGAUCCUGUUUCAGGAAGGUCUAUCAGGUUUGGAGACAGUACGGGAGUACGAAAUGCAUUUUUCCACAAAACUUACCGAUUUUUGUAUGUUGGAAAAUUCACGGAACCUAUGGGCGUCUUUAACCCCUUAAGGACACAUGACAUGUGUGACAUGUCAUGAUUCCCUUUUAUUCAAGAAGUUUGGUCCUUAAGCGGUUAAGCCAUUGUCUGCUCGUUUUAUUGAAGAAUGUUUAAGUAUAUGGAAAUAAAGGUAAUCGGUUUUAACACAUUUGGUGAGCAUUAGACAUAUUGCUCUUUAUUACAAUGUGGGGCCACCCACAAAGUCCUGUAUGAUGGUUGUUAUUCAUGUGAACGUAUCACUUAAUAAAUGUUGACUUUUUUUUGUGUGUUUUUUUUUUUUUUUUUCAGAAAUAUCCCUGGAUGUUGAUGCAGACAGGGAUGGAAUUGUGGAAAAGAACAAUCCACAGAAGGUGAAUUAAACGUCUUUAUUAACCUUUUGAAUAUAUAAAGGGAUUGAUGGAGGUAAAGAGUAAGACAGAAGCGUUAUCGAUUUGUAUGAUACCAGCCUUUUAUCAGGAGUGCUUGAAAUCAAAAUGCCAUUUGAGAAUUUUUUAUUUUUUUUAUCUAUUCAGUCCAAACCAAAGGUCUCCUCUUCUCUAGAGAGAUCUCUGGAAUGGUGUACUACUUGCACAGUAAAGGUAUUUAACAUCCUUGACAUAUACACCAGACCAGACUGUUGAUAGAUCGGUUAUCGGUAGAUAACUUGGGUGGGUUGUGUUAAUCUAAAGGCUUUGGCACAGCAGAGAUUUUAUGUUAAGUCAUUGUAUUAUUGUACUAGAUGGAAGCGGUUCAUAGUUUUCACAGUGCAGUCAGAUCGUGUGUUUUUAACACUGGGUGAUUGAGUAACUGGUAUCAAGGGAUCUAAACGAGGGAGAAACCAGCAUUAUUCUGAACCAGGCUCAGCUUGUCUCCAGUGAUGAAUUAACAAUGGAUCAAAAGGGAGCAUUUCAGCAUACACGAACAUACUCCACGGCAGACAGAACUGCUACUGAAUCCAGUAUUCCAAUGGCCAUUCCUGAUAUAUCUGUAUAAUCAAUCUAAGGUUUAAGCUGAAAGCACCAAUUCAAAUCCCUUUUACAAUGUGUAAUUCAUCAGAACAAAUGUCAAUAAAUCUGCAGCAGUUCCUUGAUACUAAAUUGUCUGUCUAUGGUUCUCUGGUAUUGUUGGAAGCAGGAUUUUCUUUUUACUUUGUAAAGUGAUUACCUGUAUGAUGAGAAUAAGUUAAUUACAGUGUUUGUCAUUACCCUUCUGUUUUAGGCGUCAUGGACGUGGGGCCCUAACGGUCAGGGAGCCAUCCUGCUGGUGAAUUGUGACAAGGACAGUCUACUGUCUCGGACAGUUGACGGAGGAGAUGACAUUAUGCUCAGUAAAGCAGGUAACGUAAUUUGAUUUCUUCCCCCCCCCUCUCCAUUGGUUGUCUGUUAUCACUGCUGAUUCCUGGAUAUGUGUUUUGUCUUUUAGAUCUGCUGGACAUGUCUCGUAUGGUCCUCCGAACCCGUGGGCCAGAGAAACUCCCUGCCGGUUAUCAUCUCCUGCUUUACAUCUCUGCAUCGGACUCUGAGAAUCUGGGAGUGUUUCACUGCCACAGUGAGUACUGCAGUUUGAUUCGCUUUAUGGAUUUAUGUAGCUGAUAGAGGCAAAUUAUAUUUCCAACAUCCCCGUGUUUAUGAUCUGCAGAGUCACUAAAAUGGGGCUCCUAAACUGUGACCCGGUAUCCCCAUCUAGCUGUAAGCCCUGUGACCCUGUAUCCCCGUCUAGCUGUAAGCUCUGUGACCCGGUAUCCCCAUCUAGCUGUAGGCUCUGUGACCCGGUAUCCCCAUCUAGCUGUAGGCUCUGUGACCCGGUAUCCCCAUCUAGCUGUAAGCUCUGUGACCCGGUAUCCCCAUCUAGCUGUAGGCUCUGUGACCUUGUAUCCCCAUCUAGCGGUAAGCUCUGUGACCUUGUAUCCCCGUCUAGCUGUAGGCUCUGUGACCCGGUAUCCCCAUCUAGCUGUAGGCUCUGUGACCCGGUAUCCCCAUCUAGCUGUAGGCUCUGUGACCCGGUAUCCCCGACUGUACCGGUAUCCCCCCGGUAUCCCCAUCUAGCGGUAAGCUCUGUGACCUUGUAUCCCCAUCUAGCUGUAGGCCCUGUGACCCGGUAUCCCCAUCUAGCGGUAAGCUCUGUGACCUUGUAUCCCCAUCUAGCUGUAGGCUCUGUGACCCGGUAUCCCCGUCUAGCUGUAGGCCCUGUGACCCGGUAUCCCCAUCUAGCUGUAGGCCCUGUGACCCGGUAUCCCCGUCUAGCUGUAGGCUCUGUGACCCGGUAUCCCCGUCUAGCUGUAGGCUCUGUGACCCGGUAUCCCCGUCUAGCUGUAGGCCCUGUGACCCGGUAUCCCCGUCUAGCUGUAGGCUCUGUGACCCGGUAUCCCCGUCUAGCGGUAGGCUCUGUGACCCGGUAUCCCCGUCUAGCUAGGCUCUGUGACCCGGUAUCCCCAUCUAGCGGUAAGCUCUGUGACCUUGUAUCCCCAUCUAGCUGUAGGCCCUGUGACCCGGUAUCCCCAUCUAGCUGUAGGCCCUGUGACCCGGUAUCCCCAUCUAGCUGUAGGCCCUGUGACCCGGUAUCCCCAUCUAGCUAUAUGUACCCUUUUCCUAUUCAGGGCUGGUUAUAUUAUCAUUUUGACUUUGCUUCAUUUUUUUAAAAAUUUUUUUUUAUUUUUUAUUUUUAUUAUCUCAUACAUAACCUUUAUUUCAGCUAUUAAACUUUAUAUUUAGAGAUUUUCAGAUUAACUAGAAUUUAUUUAGACAGAAUUUGUAAUCUAUAUUAAUGCCGUCACAUCGCGUUCUGCCAACAUUAAACAUGGUUGCCCUCCAUUCUAACGGGAAGUUACGGUUUUGUUUUUUAUAGUUAAAUUUUAUUAAUAAAUACAAAUGAUGAAAACAAAGUUACAAACUUGGAAAACAAAAUGUGCUUCGAGCUAUGCUGGGUUCUCUUCCUUCUUUUCUUUCUUUUUUUUUCUUUAGGGCGCACUACUUAAUACAUAAAACUCUGUUGAUGUUGUAAAUACCCCCAUCCCCCGAAUUUACAUCAACAGAUUUGUAAUUAGUAAUUUAUUUGUUCUUUAAGAGAGUGCCAUGUGGAUCUUCACGAGUUUUCCAUUUUGAGCGAUUGGCAUCUUUGCUGCUAUUAAGACGUGUAGAGAUAAAUAUUUUUGCAUCUUACUGAAGUAGACGGUUCGGCUCUUGUUCCUUCCCAAUAUUUAUCUAAUAAUGGGCAGCGCCACCAAAUAUGGGAAAAGGAACCCUGGUCGCACCCCCAACAAUACAGAACAUUACAUGUACAUCAAAUUUCUUUGGCACCAAGUACGAUCUUUACAUUAUUUUGUAAUGUAGUUCCAUAAUAUUUAAGCAGUGAAUCAAUUUCUAAGACACAACAAAGUUUUAAACCAAUCUUCUGGGACCAUUUCAUGUCCAAUCUCUCUUUCCCACGUAAUUAAAGCCUUAGCCUUUAACAAUCUUUUGAAUGGUUACUUUCUCUUCCAAUAAUUUACCUAAUAUUUCCUUAAUUUCCUUCUCACUUUUUAAUUAAAAAACAAAACAAAAAACAUCUCACAUUUAUGUUUCUUGGAAGAAAAAAACUCUUAUUUUUGCAGACUUCUACACUCUUCAUUUAGGACCUAAAGAUAGAAAAAACAAACCUCAGGUCUGCCUCUGCUGCUUAUUCUAACCUUGUCUUUGAGAUACACCCAGAUGCCCCUCGUUUUUACCCCCUCUGUAAACGUUCAGCUAUCUCAAAUCUCCAGCUGUCAUCCUAUGAUCCAGUUGCAGAGUGUAGUGUUGAGCUAUAUUUGCUGUUUAGCAGAUUUGUGCUCCCUGUAGUGAUGUCACUGGGGAUAAUCCCAAUACCAGGGAGUCGGGUUGAGCUCAGGAAAGACCUCCCUGGUAGCUUGAUCUAUCUUGCAGGUGUUCUGGGCCCCAGGGCAGAGUAGGAUAGCAGUAUCUAGGCAAUUCAGCAUCCAUGUCCUACUUGGCCACUAGAGGGAGUAUUUUAUUCAGACUCCUGGAAAAAUUAGUUUGAGCCAUUUUUGUCUGAAUAAAAAUCCAUUUAAUCCAUCAAACCGCACAAAUCAAUUUGUCACUGAAAAAGACUUCACAGGUAAAUCCCCCAGAGAUGGAUCAAUAUUUUAUUUUUGUGAAUUAGAUUUUUAUUUUGCAACAAAGUAGUAGGUACGAGAAAGGGACACGCAGGUCCUCCGCUAUGGUUAUGAGAAAUAAAAAAAGGGGAAUUACAUUUUUUUUUUUUUUCUUUAGACACGCAGUGCAAUAAUAAGGUGCCUAAACAGGAAUGUGGACACAGGUCCUAUAAGAUAUAUCAAAGCCCUGUAAACAUGCCGUCACAUUCUAUGUUUCUAUAUCUGUUAAAUCAGGUAAAUUGUAUGUGAAUGGUGAGCAUCCUGGGGUCCUGAGGGGGCAGAAAUAAAACCUAAAUGGAUAUAGAUCACUCCCCCCAAAAUCAUAAUACGGUACAAAGCUGAGUGACAGGGGACAUUCUCAACUCCCUCUUACAUAGGUGCUAUUCGUAAAAAAAAAAAAAAAAAAAUGUUUAGGGGUUAAAAUGAACCCCAUCCCAGGGAGCCAAUAUGAUGCAAUGUAAGAACACAUUUAAAAGACCAGAGCUGUGCCCGGAACAUUGCGGGAGCUAAGCCCCAUAAUUGUCACCUCUGUCCUCACCCGUGUCUCCCAUCGGGCAAUCUUACUUCAGUAACCUCAGUCAGGCUGACCAAUAAAUCAAUUUGAUCCGGUGUGGAGAAAAAGGAAUUUGGGUGAAAUCUCUCAAACUAUAUUUUUUGCACAAGUUGAACUUAAUUCAUAGAGCUCUAACAUUCAACAGAAGAGCCUUAAUUUUCCUGUCUUUGAUCAUUUGUACUUGGGUAAUUCAUAUUAUUUCUAUGGAUUCAGAACACCACUUGUAAAUUUAUUCCAAAGACAAACAAAUGUCUAAUUAGAAAAGUAUUACUAAUGACAUUGCAGGGCUCUCAGGGUUAUUUAUUAGUGUGGAUUGUUAACAUUUGUGCCAAAGUAGCCAAUAUUAAGAUACCUUGUAUCAAAUAAAUAUAUAUAUAAUCUCUCAAAGUAGCAUGACGUAUACAAGACAGAAUAAAAUCCAUUUUGUUUCCAGAUAGCUAAUCUGGGAAAUCUUCCUGCUCCAUGGAGUAAUGUGCAAGCCUUGCAUCUGUGACCAUGGCUGGAUUCUCUGCAAAGAAUGCAUGCUCCCGGGAUAUGAUUUCUCUCAAAGCCUGCAUUAAGCUGUUAUUGGCACCUUUACAGAUCCUUGCUGAACUCUGCAGUUAGAUUGCAUAAUCCUACCAUAAAGAUCUCUCUAGGUCAUUUAAUCUCCCCAUAUUCUGGAUAAAGUAGAAUAAGUGCUGUCAGUCUGGGGUUAAAUAAUUGUCACUUCACAUUGCCUUAUUUUUGCUGCAGGUAAGGUCUAUACACAUGUUCUCGGAAAGGAAAAGCUGUUCUACAAGGCCCGGUACACUGGGUUGAAUGAAUUGGAGUUCUUUGUGGAAGGCAUUCGUUUCCCAGAUGAGGGGUUCAAUGGCCUGGUGUCAAUCAAAGCCAGCUUGCUAGAAUCCCAGGUGGAGGUAAGAUCUGGACAGGGGAGGAACAGUGGGGAUUUGUAAAACCUGCUCCAAAUUUCAUAUUUUGAGCAUUUACAUUGAUCUGUAAUGUUACUAAUUGUACAACCUUUCAGAAAGCACAAGUGGGAUCGUUUUUAAGUACAUUUAAAAGUCAUUAUCUUGUAUCCCACGGUCUUGUGUAUAAAAGCUUUCCACUCACCUCCUUACCCAACACAUUUUCCAGUCUUCAUUCCAAAUGUAGAGGUUUCAGAGCUCUUAUUCGAAUGCUAGGUAAUCCGUGGGUUUGAUUUCAUUCCUGUUUAUAGCUGUCUCCUAGUGCGAACAUCAUCAUUCGUCUGUGUGGGACACCUGCCAGCUGGGGUGUUCCGUUGCCAAUCAUUCAAGUAUCUUGCUCUUUAGAACAUUGAUGUGUCAAGAAAUGUAUCAGACUGACACCAGAGAGGUUACCGGUUCCAUUAAAUUAUGACCACUUGGUUCAGAAAGCCGAUCUCCAUGAUCUCCAUUUCGUGUGUAGAUCUGGGCUGUUUUACUGCAUAGCUGGAGGAUAAUAAAACAGGAUUGUAAUACAGUACAUUUAUCACCCUGGAGUCGCUACAAUCACAUCAAGUGCAGCACUCAACAGGUUGUUCUGUUCUCUUUAUACAUUACGCGUGUAGAUGGAGAAUUCCAGUUGUACAAAGGGGAUAGUUUACUGAGGCUUUACUUGAUAAAACCGGAAAUUGUGGAGAACCCAUAAGGAAUAUAUGUUUAUAUACUUAGUUUAGACCAAUGUAGCGGAGUGCACACAAAGAUCUUUCCUCUAAAAGAGAUGUGGAGGAAGAGAAAGUUGUCUGUAGGAAUAAAAUAACAAGAGCUUUGAAAAAGUAUUUUCCCAUCUAUAAAAAGGCGUUUUUGACAUUUAAUGACUUUUUAAAGGUAUCCUUUCUGAUAAAUUGAGCACAUUUUUAUGUAUAGUGACUAGGUGAUUUUGUCCUUUUUUAAUUAAUUAUUUACAGGGCAUCCCAGAGACCCCUAUUUUCACAGAUGUGGUGACAUUCCGCGUGGCUCCUCUGAUCAUUACUCCAAAUACUCUUGAACCAGUGGAGGUUUAUGUCUGCAGGUAAUGGGUUAGUGACACACGAUGAGACAAGUGUAGGUUAAUUACUCCCAGUACUGUAGGUAGGAGGUUAAUGACACAGGGUGCUAUUACAUGAUCCAUUAUAAUGCAGCGAUGUUGCAGGUAAUGCAUGAAUGUGCGACAAUGCUGCAGGUAAUGCAUGAAUGUGCGACAAUGCUGCAGGUAAUGCAUGGACAUGUGACCAUGCUGCAGGUAAUGCAUGGGUGUGCAGCUAUGCUGCAAGGAAUGCAUGGAUGUGUAACGGCGCCGCAGGCAAUGUAUGAACGUGUGACCGUGCUGCAGGUGAUGCAUGGAUAUGCGACAAUGGUGCAGGUAAUGCAUGAAUGUGCACCACUGCUGCAGGCAAUGCAUGGGUGUGCAGCUAUGCUGCAUGAAAUGCAUGGAUGUGCAACGGUGCCGCAGGCAAUGUAUGAACGUGUGGCUUGCUGCAGGGAAUGCAUGGAUGUGCACCAGCGCUGCAUGUAAUGCAUGGAUGUGCACCAGCGCUGCAUGUAAUGCAUGGAUGUGCACCAGCGCUGCAUGUAAUGCAUGGAUGUGCACCGACGCCACUGCAGGGAAUGCAUGGCUGUACACCGGCGGCUGAAAAGGCAAUGUGUGGAUAUGCACGGCACCGCUGCAGGCAAUGCAUGGGUGUGCACGGCACCGCUGCAGGUGAUGCAUGGGUGUGCACGGCACCGCUGCAGGCGAUGCAUGGGUGUGCACGGCACCGCUGCAUGCGAUGCGUGGGUGUGCACGGCACCGCUGCAUGCGAUGCGUGGGUGUGCACGGCACUGCUGCAGGCGAUGCAUGGGUGUGCACAGCACUGCUGCAGGCGAUGCAUGGGUGUGCACGGCACUGCUGCAGGCAAUGCAUGGGUGUGCACGGCACUGCUGCAGGCAAUGCAUGGGUGUGCACGGCACUGCUGCAGGCAAUGCAUGGGUGUGCACGGCACUGCUGCAGGCAAUGCAUGGGUGUGCGGCGCUGCAGGCAAUGCAUGGGUUGCGGCUGUGCAGGAAUGUGCGUUGAUGCUGCAGGCGAUGCGUGGAUGUGCUCCGGGGAGUGCGUGGAUGUGCUCCGGGGAGUGCGUGGAUGUGCUCUGGGGAGUGCGUGGAUGUGCGAAAUGCUGCAGGCAGUGCGUGGAUGUGUGUCGAUGCUGAAGGCGAUGCGUGGAUGUGCGGCGAUGCUGCAAGUAAAGACUUGGUCAGCUGCAAUUUAGUAUCUAACCUAUUUACCCAUUUCUGUCCUUAGUGUGAAGGAUAAUUACCUUUUCCUAAAGCAUAUCAAGGCUUUAGUGAACGAGGCGAAUUACAAGAUUCAGAUCUGCUUUGAAUAUGUCAACCGUGGUGAUCGUUGGAUGCAGGUUUGUGUGUUCACAAGCGACUUCCAAUAACCGAGCUUCGGUAACUCCUGUGUAUUUCUCUGUAAGAUCCAAAGCUUUCUGUUCCUCUUUACUAACAUGGGGUCUCUGCCUAAUAACACAGAAUAUGCCCAGCACGUCACACUAAUAAUACAUACAGUAUUGUUUAAAUUACUUGGUCAACAUGCUGUUAACUGCAGGAUGAAAUGGAAUUCGGAUAUAUCCACGCUCCGCACAAAAGCUUCCCUGUGGUCCUGGAUUCCCCGAGAGAUGGAAACCUAAAGGACUUCCCAAUCCGAGAUAUUCUGGUAGGAUAAACUCAUUAUCUGCAUGAGGAUUUGACUUAAAAAUGGAAUAAAAAAUGUAACUUUCACAAUGUAUUAAUAUUCCCACAUGAAGUGGAACUUAACUUUGAAAGAUGUAGCUUCCCCUCUUAAACCGCAAAAUAGUGAAAAUAUUCGGGAUUCAGCUAAACCUCUAUAAAAGGAUAAAAAUAAGCCAUAUAGCGAAGCAGUUUUAUACAGAGUAAUGUGCGAUAUAAAGUUACUCACAGGAUGUAGCAAAGUUUGGCGCCUUGGGGGCCUCCGCUAAUGUAGCCAACACCUUCUUUGUCUUCAAUCAGGAUUAAGGUCCUCAGAUGUUAAAUCACUGGAACAAUAUUCAAUUGAUUCCAAAAUAUUGCUUAAUGAUCCAAAAAUUGCUUUUCAUAUAUCAAGAUUUAAAAUAGUGAACGCAUGUCCUCCACUCGUGUGGACUUCCUGAGCGAUAAAUGACACAAAUCUGAGGUGAACGGCUGUACAGCUGGUUUUGGGGGUUUAUUCACACAAGGCUGUUGCCGUUUGCCAAUGGCCUUGUUCAGUUAUUUUGGUUCAACAGAUUUCCAGAACUUUAAUGCUAUUUUCAAAAGGAUAUUUUGGCAUAUAAAGGGCAGAAUGAAAACAUGUGAUAUAUAUAUUGUAGACUUGGCUAAAUUAAGGUGCUGCAGUCAUGUACAAAAUGGCUUUCUAAUCUUCACACAAUAUGUGUCUUGGCUUUAAAAUGUUUAUAGUUAAAGGGUGGGAACAUGUUAUGAAUCGGAUGGUCGAAUACAAGCUGCAUUAAAACCCUCAUUGGUUGGAAGAGUGUGACGGAGUUCCUAUACUCAGGCUGAGUAUCUCCGCCAAGUAUCCCUUCUUUCCUGGGACAGAGGAGCCAAAGUGAUAAUAGCUUCUCACUUUCCCCUAGGAUAAAGCAGGUAGAGUGAUUAUCGCUUGUCCCAAAGUCAGCCGAGGCUUGGUAAAGGGUAAAACCUGUGUAUACUUAAGUGACAACCAUCUUUAUAUUGUACAGUCCCCAAUAGGGAGUCCUCAUGAAAAUAAGACAUAUCACAACCUGGGUACCUUGGUGUCUGGGAUAAUAACUGCCAAAAAAAGUGUCCCCAGCCCCCCCCCCCUACAGUUACCCCUAAGGAUCAGAAGUGUCUAGCCCGAGUAAUCAUAGGUUAAAGUUUAACUGGGACAUCCUCCCAAUCCGAUUCAGGGUUCCAGAUCAUUUUCGGUUAAGUCCUGGUCUCUUUUAACCGUUUCUCCAAGUCCUGGGGAAGGGAGCUUUUCCAAGUCCUUGAUGUUGCUGAAUGCCUCCUCAUGUCCUUGAUCUCCCUUCCAAAUGGCACCUGGUUUGGUGGUCCUGGGUCUGAGAGCCAUCUUGUUAAAGUUUGACUGGACUGCGGCACUUCCACGAUCAGAGUCCCCGUUCCAUGAAGUUCUUGGGUAGCUCCCGGUUGGGUGCGCUGUACCUGAGGGCCUUUUGUGAGUCCCUAAGAGUCCUGUGAACGUUGUUCUGGCUCUCAAGCUGGUAGGGGCUGGUACUGUGAAAAAUAGCUAUUUUGUGGAGAAGGUGACUAGAGUCCGGCACCAGUUGUAAAUGACCAGGCAACCCGUAACAAAGAGGAUCAAAUAUUUUCAUUAUGAUUUUCAAGCUUUUUUUUGCAGUGUUUAUGGGACCUAAUAUUUAAAAUAAUUCCGUAUUCUAAUCUGCUCUUAGAUUCAAGGCAGAUAUAUUCUCUGGUUCAAGUCCCUCUGACUCCAGUUCAUAAUUCUGAACUUCACAGCACAGCUGUUUAUGCCAGGUGUGAGAAUUGCAAGGUGCAUAUAACAAGCCAUUGAUUGGUCUCAUUGUGAACUGAUCGAGCUCUCUGUUUAGUUGGAUCAGCCCCCGCCUCCCAGCCUGGGUUCUACGUUGACUUAGCAGCUGCCAGACUAAGCUGGUAAUGACUAUGAUGGAUCAUUAUUUAAGUUGUUCCCAGGAUUGCUGUCCUCUUAAAUUGCCGUGACCGAGUGUAACAUGUCUCACAUUAAAUGUGUAAAGGUUCAGCAUAACUGUAAAAAUUUCUUGGGCUUAGUCUCAAAGUACUCUUUCUCUAGAUAAGUAAACCAGGUCUUUGUAACCCUGAGAGUCAGUAGGUGGCUUGUUAGUUCACAAUAGUACAUUAUUACAACUAAAUGUUAAGGAAGGGUGAGGGUCUUUCUUUCAUACGUGUUUUCUAAUAGUGGGUAUUUACAUGUGUAUCCUGUAAUAGAUGUGCCCAGCAAAUUGCAAUGCAUUCGGCUUAAGUCAAUAGGUUACAAGAUUUUAUUUUAAUUUUUUUAUGUAUUUAUCAUGUAAUAGGGCCCAGACUUUGGUUAUGUGACCAAAAUUGCAGCUUCUUCAGAAGUCACUAGCCUGGACUCCUUUGGGAAUCUAGAAGUCAGCCCUCCUGUGACCGUACAAGGGAAGAAAUAUCCCCUGGGGCGGAUGCUGAUCGGAAGCAGUUUCCCCACGUAAGAAUAAAGGUUGAACUGAGCUCACAGAUUGCAGGAGCUGAGCAGCACAAAUUAAAUCGACUGUAUAGCACACAAAUAACGAAGGGUCACAAAUGAAUGUGUUCCAAAGUGUAUAGUAAGAGUGAGUAAGACCAAUGUAAAUACUAGAACCAUCGCUCAAAUCUGGAAUAAAAAGGUUCACCAAUCCUUUUGUAAAAUAAAUGCAAUAAUACCAAAAUAUUACUAUAAUGGAAAGUCCAGGAGCUAAAACGUCUUAAUAAGAAUCAAUAUUGGAUAUUCUAAAAAUCAAAAAUGGAUAGAUUAUACAUAGAUUACAUUAGAGUCUAAAUCCAAAUCGAUCCAAAAGAAAGUCUCCGAUAGAUAGCAAAGUGACACAGGGUAAUGUCACAGAUGACACAAUAUUCUACUUUCUAAUGAAAGAUAUUAAGAUCUAGAAACUGUAUCAGCCAACCAGCACAGAAUAGAACUGGUGGUUGUACAGCAGCAGAUACUCCCAAUGCCUAGAGAUAAAAAUAAAAUAACAUAGUGCUCACUAUAUAAAACACAAGCAAAUGUAAUAAGAGAUUAAAAACACUCACAAUGGAAAUAAGGAAAAAAGCUAAAUCGGCUAAGCAGCCUAAGAAAUGACUUGCUAUUCUGGAGUUAUGUUUUUUUUUUUUUUUUGGUUUUUUUUUGCCUGGGAAUAAAUAAUGUAAUGAUCAGAAUAGAAUGCUUGGUUGUAUAGGGAGAGGUAUUAGCAGUAGAAAGAGGGAAGUGCUUAUGCCAUUGUACAGAACACUGGUGAGACCUCACUUGGAGUAUUGUACGCAGUACUGGAGACCGUAUCUUCAGAAGGAUAUUGAUACCUUAGAGAGGGUUCAGAGAAGGGCUACUAAACUGGUUCAUGGAUUGCAGGAUAAAAACUUACCAGGAAAGGUUAAAGGAUCUUAACAUGUAUAGCUUGGAGGAAAGACGAGACAGGGGGGAUAUGAUAGAAACAUUUAAAUACAUAAAGGGAAUCAACACAGUAAAAGGAGGAGACUAUAUUUAAAAGAAGAAAAACUACCACAACAAGAGGACAUAGUCUUAAAUUAGAAGGGCAAAGGUUUAAAAAUAAUAUCAGGAAGUAUUACUUUACUGAGAGGGUAGUGGAUGCAUGGAAUAGCCUUCCAGCUGAAGUGGUAAGGGUUAACACAGUGAAGGAGUUUAAGCAUGCGUGGGAUAGGCAUAAGGCUAUCCUAACUAUAAGAUAAGGCUAGGGACUAAUGAAAGGAUUUAGAAAAUUGCGCAGACUAGAUGGGCCGAAUGAUUCUUAUCUGCCGUCACAUUCUAUGUUUCUAUAGCAGUUUGUCUUAAAAUAAUACUUGUCGUCUAAGGCAGAUAAAGCAAGUGAUAAGGGAAUAUUUAUAUUUUUCUCCAGAACUAGUGUUUCAUGGUUUUCCUUUAGGCUUGUUUUUUAAAUGACGACCCAACCUCAGGUGCCUCCCAAUGUUUUCAUGCAGCCAAACAAUGUCUGCAUUACCAGUGCAGUCUCUGAACCACCUCCGGUGGGUAAUUUUAUCCACUCAGCUGUCACAUGUGCAGCAUUAAACACCCUCCGGCCGUGACAGAAUCUCUGCUGACUUGGCAAGGAUAUUAGAGUUCCUUGACGGUAUUCAGCUCUGAAAUCGAAAUCCGACUGGAGUCCCCCGUACACAUACAGGAUCUAUUUUCAGGCCUAAAUUAAAGUGACUGAAACUCACAAGGAGCUAGAUUCCACAAAUUGCUUCUAUAAGUCUCUUAAUGUAAUGGAAUCUUCAGAAUAGUUCUCGGAUGAAUUCUCCAUUUUUUAAGAAAUAAAAUGUUUCCAAAUUUCUGUAUAAUAAAAAUGACUCCUAUAGAUAAAACUAUAGGAAAAAUGUCUAGAAUAGAUCGAAAUUGUUUCCUUUUUUUAGGAUUAUGAUUUAUACAACAUAUUCCAUGGAAUUGUACAAGAGGGGCUUUAAUUUACUCUGGGACUGUCGGAGGCAUUGAAACAGAAUGCUUUUCUUUACUUUUACACAGCACUACUGGACGGAGGAUGACCAAAGUGGUUCGAGACUUUCUCUUUGCUCAGCGCGUUCAGGCGCCCAUCGAGCUUUUCUCUGAUUGGCUGUACGUAGGCCACAUAGAUGAAUUCUUGUCCUUUGUGCCGACAUCUGAUCGACAGGUACAUUCAGAACUGCUGCUUCUCUUCAGUUUAAUGAGUGAAAGGCUUUGGUUAUAUAUCAUAUGGGGAGGUGUAGUUGAGGAAUAAUGUGACUCCUUACAGUAAAAAUGCUCUAGUAGUAGCUGCCCAUGUUACUAAAACUAACUUUCUAAAGAAAAGUUGUACGUGAGCAGUUAACCGCCAAACUUAUCACAAGCGAAAAUGAAACUGUGCCACAAAGCAAACUCUCAAUGUUGUAUAGUAAUGUUUCCACCUACUGGUGGAAAUGGCUAACAGCAGGUGGCCCACAACCUAUCUAAAGAGGAUAGGAAAUAAAAGGGGGGUAGGGGGGGGCAAGCAGGGCUCAUAAAUGUAACCAAGAUCAAUAGCUUGCAACAGUGAAUAACUUUUUUAAAGAAUGUCUACAUGCAUAGGACUUCACAAUUUUAAGAUAUCGGUCUAUAUUUAAAUAUACACUGCCAUACUAUAUCUGUUGGAUUGAUACUGUAUUACAACAAGGCUUCUUAUAGACAUCCAUGGCUUAGGAUCUGAGCAAACUGUGCAUUGACACUGACCGGAAAGAGGUUAAAUAUCACAAUAUAGGAAGAUAAGGGCAUGUGCUUUUGGAGUGGGUUAUUAGUUACAGGGUUCCAAGUGACUGUUUGUAAUUCUCAGUAUUUAAAGGACCUGCCCUUUUCUCCAUUUUUGUGUUUUUCUCAGGGAUUUCGCCUGCUCCUGGCCAGUCCUGCUACAUGCUUUCGAAUCUUUCAAGAGAAGAAGGCGGAAGGUCAAGGUGACGCCACCAUGUUUCAGGGUGAGUGUGACUUUCAGUAAAUGGUGAACGAGGUGUUGAGAUUGUACUGCGCUGCUGAAUAUGCUGGCACUUUACAAGUAAUAUGAGCCCAGUAGUGAAAUCUGAUGGCACUGUGGUAAAUUGUGUAAGUACUAAGCCCACUGUACAUCUGGGAGUCCGCUAGUAAAUGCUGAGUUAAUGAACACAACAUUUUGUGGUUUACAAGCUUUUGCUGUCCAUAUAAUCUGACUGAGCUGCAUGCCUCCUGUUACGACCUUCCCCAGCACAUUAAUUACUGUCUGGAAACGUGUGAACAGUUGGUGUGAAAGGGCUACAAGAUUCCUCCGACAUACAUCCUUCCUUUCACUUGAAUCAGAACAAUUGUUUUCUAACAAAGCCAAAUUUAAACAUUGAGUUAUGUAACAAUCGUUUUUACUACAGGGCUGGAAACCAAAAGAUGGACCAUUACCAAAAUUCUCUCCACAGACCAAAUUGUGCAAGAAAACAAUUAUGCACAGGUGAGAUAUCUGGACAACAUUCUAACCAGAGCUAGAAUGGUUACUGUAAAGCUGGCUUCAGGUUUCCAAAGAGUUGGCAUUGGGCUUUUAACAUUUUUUAAAAAUUAUUUUUAAAAUUAAUGAAAUUUAGGUUAAAAAAAAAACCCCCAGCAAUUCUAUGUAUAGAUUUGUUUCCAGAAAUAGCAACAACAAAAAUGACGUGUUCAGAUUUACACAAUUUUAUGUUUAAUCGUUUAGAAUAGUGAAUAUAAAGGAUUGUCUAGUUCCUCACUUUAUUUAUUUUAUGCCCGGACCUAGGUCCUGGGCUCUGCCAUAUUUGUGUGGGCAGAUGAAGUCCCUGUGGGACAUGUCAUCUGCCCACACUAGAUAGCGCUAUGAAAUUCCCGCGCAUGCCCAGUAAAACACUUGGGCAUUCGGACAGGAAUUUCGUCAAUUAAUUCGUCAGAAAUACGAAUGAAUGAAUUGACACUUUGAACGAAUACCUCUUCUUUCAUUCGUUUAGUUUAUUACAAGAAGGGGGCUACCGGCUCGCAGCUCCCUCCUUGUAAAAUGUAAAAAUAGAAGCACCACUUCCCAACUCCCCCAUGUCCUCCCUCACUCUAUAGGGGGUCAAUAUGAGCCCCAUAAUACCAUAAGGGAGACUCAAAUCUCCCGAAUGCCCCUACUUGCUAUGCCGCGAGUAGGGGCAUGUCUACUAAACAGUGAGCAGCCUGUGUUCUCAUUCUGUUAGGACAGAAUUUGGUAGUUUCGCCAGCGUCCUGUUCGGGAAAAGUAAAAGGAGGCAUCGCGAGAUCACGGCGCAAAGGGAGAGUAUUGUUGGAAAAAUAUCUGACCCAUAGAAAGUGGGUCAAAGCUGGUCAAGUGUAGGAAAAAUACGUAAAACAAAGUAGUCCCUACUUUGUCUUAUGUUUUAAAGAAAACUAGAGCAGAUAGGAAGAAAUUUAAGAUAUUCUGAGAGGGAGAGAAGAGGAACCGAUUGGAGAAAGGUAAGCUCUGCAUCACAGUGCCACUUUAAGUGCAGCUGACUGGAUAAAAAGUGGCAUCUAUUGUGUAGGGCUUUGCAAGCUGUUAUUGCAGUGUGUCGAGAGCACUUUCUCCCCCUAACCUGGCUGUUGGGAAUUAUCCUUUCUACUUUGAGUCAUAGACCUUUCUGUGCAGGGAGGCUCUGCGGAACUGACCAACGGUCCCAGGGGAGAGAUUAGUUUCUACUUGAUUGCAGAACAACUCUGACGCGAAGAGAAAUGUAACUGGGUUUGAGCAGGGAGUAAGCUAAAUACAGAAUACAGAACCAUAAACUGGCUUAGCCAUCAGUGCUAAAUGUGAGUGCAAGCUGUAUGUAUACUAUAGGUAAAAUGUUACUGCUCAUGAAAUGUUCAAUGAUUGUAUAUCUGGCUAAAUAACUUCUUCCUCCACAGCACUGCAUUGACUGGAACCGGGAUAUCCUUAAGCAGGAGUUGGGGAUCACAGAAGACGACAUUAUUGAUAUUCCAGCUCUCUUUAGGCUCGAUAAAGGUGGCAAGGCAUUGGCAUUCUUCCCAAACAUGGUAAAUACCAAGAUGGAGCCAGGCCGUGCAUGAGAAAGUAAUGCUGGUUCCAAGUCUUGCAUGGCACCUACUGUAGCUAACAAGGCUAUUAGCAAAACCUCCUCUGUCAAUGCCAUCUUGUCUAUUUGGACAAGACCAAAAUGUGCAAAAAUAGAGAUUUGUUUAAAUAUUCCUGGGAUAUUCUAAACAGUAUAUUGUAACUCUUCCACAACUAGAUUGUGACUACUAUUUUAAUCCUAGCUUUUCACCAACUAUCGAUUAUUCACCAAAGAAAGCAUUCAAGGUGAAUUUCAAAAUUUAAUGCCAGAGUAGCCAACCUAAAAGCAUAGCUGACUUGCAGAAUGUUUCCAUUUAGUCUAUAAUGACCUUAAGGUAUUUAAAUUCACUUUGACUUGUCACUUUAGUAUUAAAUGCCCUAUAUGGGUCUUACGUUAGGGAGGGGUGGAGCACCUCAUCCCCAGUUUCUAGUUUGGAGAUAAUAUCCCUAUAUUUCACCAAGAGACCAAAUGUGCUCAACCUACAUGUGUUCUAUUUCUGGAACUGGCACAUGGUUACUCUUUGCAUCUCCCUGAUGGGGUCCCCACUUUCAGACAUAAUGUAUGGCCCUUUGUUUUAUUCUAUGAUUUUAUAUCUAAUUUAAAUGGAAUCGGCCAUUCAAGGUUUUUGGAAAUGUUAUCCUGACUCCCAUACUGCUGCUGAUACUCUGCAUAAUUUCCAAUAACAUUUUUGGAUAAUAACCCACUGGGCUUUUGAUUUGAUUUUAUUCAGAUUCUAAAAACUGCCAAUAGAGGGCAGUACUGUCUGACCACUAAAGGUCUUUUGACCCCUGUUUUGUCUUCUUUCCUCAGGUUAAUAUGAUUGUUUUGGGGAAAGAAUUGGGAAUCCCCAAACCUUACGGACCCAUCAUUAAGGAGACCUGCUGUCUGGAGGACUAUGUCAUCUCUACGUUCAAACCCCUGGAGUUAAAGUGCACAUUUAUUGAUGAUGUCGUAUCAUACCACAAAAAAUUGGGUGAGGUGCACUGUGGCACCAACGUACGUCGAAAGCCUUUCACAUUCAAGUGGUGGCAAAUGGAAGAGCCUUAAAUUUGAACUAUUUUGCUUGUUAUCCACCUUUCUGUUCUUUUUUUUUUUUUUUUUGCUUUUUUUUUCAGUAACCACAACAACCCAGUGUAUUGGGAAUAAUCUACAAUAUUUCCAUACAAAGCAUUUUCUGUGCUGGUGACCAGCUCUGCUAAUUAUAGCAAGGGUAUGUUGUGUACAGGCCCUAUAUGCAGCAUUUAUUUCCCAGAUCACUUCAUUAAACAUAGUGAUAUUAUGAACAUACCACUGAAUGAAAAGCAACGGUUUCAAUGCUCAGCCCAACACGGAGGUAAAGAAAUGACAAUAUUCACACAGAAUGUGACCCCAUUCCAAGCCAUUAAUAAUAGAAGUUUUGCGCUGUCUCUAGCUGCAUAGUUCAUUGUUGCUUUAACUGAGGAUAGCGUUGGAUGAUCUGUCAUCUAGGCUCCUGAUUAAAUAAUCUGAUACAAGUGGUAACGGGACUAUUCCGCCUAGUUACUGGGCUGAAAAUGGGUCAUAACUGCGGCAGUGCCAAGUGCGGCAGUGGGCAGAGUAAACCACAGUGUGCAGAAAAAAUAAUGGAUAUGUGGCAUUCUAGUCUCUAAAUUCCGUCCUGCGUGACAAAUGGAAACCUGUUGAAUCAGUUAUACAAAUGUUAUAUUCUACAGUUAAAUCUUUUUUUAGUUUAAUUAUUUUUUCCUAUUUCCGUCACAGGCUGCUCUUCCCUUAUUGCUAUGUAUUCAGCCCCUCCGCCCUACCCCCUAGCAUGAUGGGUAUUAACUCACUGGUUAUUUAUUCUGGGACUUUGUGUCUGCCUGUAAAAGGAUUCAAUUUAUCUCGUGUUUUUUACACUACUAACUUGUUACUGCACUGUUUUCUAACUCUAUUUUUCUAGAAACGUCAUUUUAGCUAGUUUCACGUUUGUGUUUUGGACUUUUCUGUCCCUCUCUCGCUAUUUCAGUUCUUCAAAUCUAUAAAAUAAAAUGAAUGUGUCCUUGCUCCGCUCUGCUGUUUAUUUACCAAUGUGUACUUAUAUCCUAAUUCACGGAAAAUGGUAACUGUGCCAAUAAAGCAGAGCUACUUUUUACCACAAAGUUAAUUUUCAAUGUGACAUACAGCUAUUUAUUUAGCAAAUCUAAAACUGUUAAAGUGAAUAGUUAAAUGAGAACUUUCUGUACUGCAUUUUGCAAGCCAGGCAGUGUAUCUACUAAACAAUUGACAACUUUUUUUUUUUUUUUUUACUUUUUGUGCAAAAUGUUGGCAAAAUAUGUGAGAUGGGAAAAAAUUCAUUUACACAUUAUGUACUUUUUUUUGUUUGUUUUUUUUUUUUUUUAUAGGUUUGAUUUUAAAUUCAUUGUUUUAGUGAAUUCCUAUGGUCUUAUUUAACAUUGUCCGUAAUCUCUAUUCCAAACGUGACCUAUAAUCCAAGGCAAAGGGACAUUGGUGUAUGCCUAAUGUAAUAAAAACUGUACUGGAAUGAAAUAGUUCUAUAUAGAUCUGCUCUUUUUCUGUGUAUUAAUCCUCAAACAUGCAAUAAAAUACAUCGUAAAUUAAAAAAAGAAAUUGUGGUUAAUCUGUAGGAUUGAUGGCUAAAGUUUCAUUCAGAUCCACUGUGAGGUUCUAAAUAAAAUGUGAUCCUGGGGUAAAGUUGUCAAUGUGCAACAUAUUAAAGGGACAUUUAUAAGCACUAAAACCACUUUAUCUUAAUGAUACCGUUUUGGUGUAUAAAUCAUGCCCC